AAAAAGAUAAACAAACCACUGAUAAACCGUCGCCAUAUGUAUACAUCGCAUGGUAUCAUUUUGGUUGAUAUUUAUUCUUAUAUAGGGCAUACAAGUUUUAUUCGGAGUUUGUUUUUAUCGAAAUACUGUUAGCAAAAAGAUACACUCAUGCUGUCCUUGCUCGUCUUCGGUCUGACACUGUCCUUGAUUGCUGGGCAGAUUCCACCGUACAACGACAGUUGUGUACAGGGACAAUACCCACCACCAAAGGAUCGACGUGUACCAAAUUACGUCAUCAACCUUGACCUUCCUCCGGAGCAAAGAUGGCUGCAACUUGGUGCGGACAAACAUCGAGAGAUCGGUGCCAUACUCCUGGAGAUGAAGAAGUUUCUGAUGGAAUGGGGAUCCGGAGAGAUCAUCUCCAUAGUUGACUUGCUGGGGGACAAUCUGGACCAAGUGCUCCCGUCUCCGUACAAGGAAGAGCUGACCGGGAUGGCGAAUGCCUCCGGCAUAAUGAUAGGCGAGCUGUUCAUCUACAACAUCUUCUACGAACUGUUCACUGUAUGCACGUCCAUUGUGUCUCAGGAUGCCAAGGGAAAUAUGUACCAUGCAAGGAACCUCGAUUUCGGACUAUUCCUUGGCUGGGACGUUAAGAACCGAACGUGGCAGCUAACGGACAUCCUCCGUCCCGCCAUAGUGACGCUGGACUGGCAGCGGGGCGGCAAGACCCUCUUCAAGUCCGUCAACUACGCGGGCUACAUCGGGGUCCUGACCGCCAUCAAACCGGGGAUGUUUACAUUCAGUAUGGACGAGAGGUUUAACGCUGAUGGAGGAUACAUGGGCAUCCUAGAGUACAUCCGGGACAAGAAGGGCUACUGGAUGAGCUUCCUGAGCCGCGAGACGAUGGAGAGCGCCGGAAGUUACCAGGAGGCACGUGACAAACUGGCCAACACUCAACUGAUAGCUCCCGCUUACUUCAUCCUUGGCGGCACAAAGCCAGGGGAGGGGUGUGUGAUCACACGCAACCGUCAUGUGAACGGCACAGACGUGUGGCCGAUGACAGACAGUACGGCGGGCGGCUGGUACGUUCUCGAGACAAAUUAUGACCACUGGAAAGCGCCGCUCUUCCUUGACGACCGCCGGGGGCCCGCCAAUAAAUGCAUGAAGGCCAUGGGAGUUCAGAAUACUGGUUUUGCUGGCUUAUUCAACGUACUGUCAUCGAAACCUGUUCUUAAUAAGCUGACGACAUACACGGCCCUAAUGCAAGUGGACAGUGGUACCCUGGAGACGUACCUUCAGUACUGCCCCGACCCCUGUGAGCCCUGGUAACCACUGAUCGCCAAUGGAACCGUCGGAUCGCUACGGAAACCAUUCAAAUGAAAAAAAAAUGGGAAAUUACAUUGUGUUACAAUAAAGACACUUUAACGUGUU